AUGGGCCUCGACGGAAAGAAUGUCUUGCUGACAGGCGCCUCUAUGGGAAUCGGCGAAGCAAUCGCCACGGCGCUGGCCGCCAAGGGUGCGAAUCUAGUUCUCCUAUCCAGGUCCAAAGAGAAACUCAGCACUGUUGCGAAAAGCGUGUCGAGUGCCAACCCGAACGUCAAGGUCAUCUGCCGAGCCGCUGACAUUGGAGUUUUCGACGUGGUCGACAAGGCGAUCGGCUCAGCCAUCGAAGAGAUUGGCGAGAUUGACAUUCUCAUCAACAACGCUGGGCUCGCUUUGGGAGCUCCCGCCAGGUUCCCAGACCUCAAGAUCGAGGACAUCAUCACCAUGUCCAACACUAACAUCAACGGAACCAUGUUCGUGACACACUCGGUACUCAACAGGUCCAUGAUGAAGCAAAAGCCCGGGAAGGGCACAAUCCUCAACGUCACCUCUGUCACUGCGCAUGAAGUGCCACCGUUCCCGGGCGAGGCAGUCUACCACGCGAGCAAAGCGUUUCAAGAGGGGUUCACCAAUUCUCUUCGCAACGAACUCGUGGAAACCGACAUUAAGGUGCUAGCAAUCAGGCCUGGUGUCGUCGCGACUCACUUCCACACGCAGCGCGUGGGUUUCGAUCAAGACCAGUACGACUCAUUCGUGGAGGGAUAUGAUCCGCUUGUGUCUGGAGACGUUGCGCAAGCGGCGGUCUACAUGCUGGAGCAACCGGACAAUGUCUCCAUCAAGGCUCUUGACGUCGUGCCUACAGCUCAACGCUCACUCACCGUGUUCGAUCGGACAUGGAAUCAGCGGGGUCAUGAUUAA